AUGCAUUGCAAGACAUCACACACGUUUACUCUCAACAACGGUGCAACUGUUUCUGCUAUUGGGUUUGGAACCUAUGGCGCCAAGGGUGAAGCAUCUCGGGAUGCUGUUGUUCAUGCCAUCAAGACUGGAUAUACUGCGAUCGACGGAGCCUGGUGUUAUAGCAAUGAAAAGGCUGUCGGUGAGGGCAUCAAGCUUUCUGGUGUUCCUCGGUCUUCACUCUUUAUUACCUCCAAGUUAUGGGGAACCUUUCAUCGACCUGAUCGUGUGCCUCAAGCCAUGGCAAUCACUCUUUCAGAUCUCGAUAUGCCAUAUGUUGAUCUGUAUCUUGUUCAUUGGCCAUUUGCCAUCAAUCCCGACAUCAAGUUUGAUAUGUUCAAUGUCGAACAGGUCAGGGAAUAUCAUUCCAAAGGACAGUUUGUUGACACUACUGUUACAAUGAAGGAAACGUGGAGAGCCAUGGAGAAGCUGGUCAAGGAAGGCAAAACCAGGGCUAUUGGGGUGUCCAAUUUCUCUAUUAGCAUGUUGAAGGACAUGCUCGAGUAUGCCGAAAUCAAACCUGCAGUGAAUCAGGUCGAGGUUCAUCCUUACUUGCCUCAACAAGAGUUAUUGUCGUUUUGCUCUCAGCAUGGGAUUGUUGUAACAGCUUAUUCCCCGCUUGGAUCUCAUAAAGGUGUUGGCUCGCUCCUAUCUGACUCACUGGUGUUGGAUAUAGCUCAACGCAACGGAAAAACUCCUGCCCAGGUUUUACUUUCGUGGGGUGUCCAACAUGGAACUCAAGUGAUUCCCAAAUCCAGCACUCCGUCUCGUAUCGAGGAAAACUUUGAAUGUUUCGAGAUUCCCGAGGCAGACUACAAACUACUCUGUGAUCUUCACAAAACCAAAUCAAAGCGAUUCGGCAACUUUUUCUUGCAGUUUGGUGUGGAUGUGUUUGGUGAACUAUCAUCUUGA